AUGACAACCGUACGGGCCAAGAGUGCACGUCCUGCACCGAUCAGUAUCAAACAGACAGACCUAAACUAUCCGGAUGAUUCACCCAUCCUAUCCCCAACCGUCACCGCAUCAUCCAUUCAAACCGGACUGGUGAGCAGUGGCAGCUCGGGUUCGGUGAGUAUGGCCAGUAAACAGGAUGAGGUUGUCCGUGUGGUAUUUCUUGGUUCCGCCCGAGUCGGCAAAUCAUCGAUCAUCAAUCGGUUUUUACAUAACCGUUUCGAUGUGAAAUACACACCGACUGUGGAAGAUAUGCACUCGAAAAAGUACAUAGUUCGUGAUCAUCUAGUCCGUUUGGCUCUGGUCGAUACGGCCGGUAGUUUUGAUUUCCCAGCCAUGUUACGUUUGUGUAUUGCCAAGGCUAGCGCGUUUGUCAUUGUGUUCUCGCAUGACAAUGCCGAUUCCCUGGCUCAAGCUGGAAUCCUGUUAAAUCAGAUCAAAUCACAACGGAAAGACUAUGCUCCAAUGACCAAUAUUUUACCCACGCAUGAAUUUGAACGUCUAAAACUGUCCGGUCCUAGUUCGAGUCCAAUUUCGGCAUCUAACCAAAUCCCAUCCAUGAUCCCAGCUUCACCCCCGAUUACUGUCGUGUGUAACAAAUCCGAUUUGCCUCCAAGUGACUCCCAGGUGAGUGAAAGUGCUAUCAUGGAAUGGUUACUCACACACGGUUUGAAACCAUCACAAUUUGUCUAUGCCAGUGCCAAGACGAACGAUGCGAUUCUCUCCAUUUUCAAAUCCCUCUGGGCUCAGAAUGAGACAACUAAGUCUAUCCAAUUGGAACGUUGGGAUAGGCAUAGAAGAGCCAGUAUUAUUCGACCACCGACACCUCCGCUCGGAUUGCAGACAGAUUUUUCCGCUUUACAAGAAGUCAUGAGUACUAGUAAUGGAUCCGGUCAACACGCGGAUUCGCCCAGCAGUGAUAAGGCGGAUCAGCGUACACGGGCUGGGUUUUUUCGAAGCAGUCUUCGUCUGAGUCGACGAUCCAGUUCGAAAUCGAACAAACACAAGGCUGACAUAGUGAAACUGGAAUGUGUUCUCUCUUGA